CUCUCUCUCCAGGCCCGAUACAAGCAGAGCCUGGACCCCACGGUGGACGAGGUGAAGAAGCUGUGCACCUCACUGCGCCGCAACGCCAAGGAAGAGAGGGUGCUGUUCCACUACAACGGGCACGGCGUGCCCCGGCCCACCGUCAACGGGGAGAUCUGGGUCUUCAACAAGAAUUACACUCAGUACAUCCCCCUCUCUGUCUACGACCUGCAGACCUGGAUGGGGAGCCCCUCCAUCUUCGUGUACGACUGCUCCAACGCCGGCAUCAUCGUCAAGUCUUUCAAGCAGUUCGCCCUGCAGCGGGAGCAGGAGCUGGAGGUAGCUGCCAUCAACCCAAACCACCCACUGGCUCAGGUGCCGCUGCCACCCUCCAUGAAGAACUGCAUCCAGCUGGCAGCGUGCGACGCCAGCGAGCUCCUCCCCAUGAACUCCGACCUGCCGGCCGACCUCUUCACAUCUUGCCUGACCACGCCCAUCAAGAUCGCACUGCGCUGGUUCUGUAUGCAGAAGAGUGCCAAGCUGGUUCCCGGAGUGACGCUGGAUGUAAUUGAGAAGAUCCCUGGCCGGCUCAAUGACCGUCGCACUCCGCUAGGGGAGCUGAACUGGAUCUUCACGGCCAUCACCGACACCAUCGCCUGGAACGUGCUGCCCAGAGACCUGUUCCAGAAACUGUUCCGCCAGGACCUGCUGGUUGCGAGUUUAUUCCGCAACUUCCUAUUGGCCGAGAGGAUAAUGAGGUCGUACAACUGCACGCCUGUGAGCAGCCCCCGCCUGCCCCCCACAUACAUGCACGCUAUGUGGCAGGCCUGGGACCUGGCGGUGGACAUCUGCCUGUCUCAGCUUCCUACGAUAAUCGAGGAGGGGACGGCAUUCAGGCACAGCCCCUUCUUCGCAGAGCAGCUGACUGCCUUCCAGGUUUGGCUGACGAUGGGAGUGGAGAACCGCAACCCCCCGGAGCAGCUUCCCAUCGUGCUGCAGGUCCUCCUGAGUCAGGUGCACCGGCUCCGAGCGCUGGACUUGCUGGGCCGCUUCUUGGACCUGGGCCCGUGGGCCGUCAGUCUGGCUCUCUCCGUCGGGAUCUUUCCCUAUGUCCUCAAGCUCCUACAGAGUUCAGCGCGGGAGCUGCGGCCACUGCUAGUGUUCAUCUGGGCCAAAAUCCUGGCCGUGGACAGCUCAUGCCAAGCUGAUCUUGUGAAGGACAACGGCCACAAGUAUUUCCUGUCUGUCUUGGCGGACCCCUACAUGCCGGCUGAGCACAGGACCAUGGCAGCUUUCAUCUUGGCAGUGAUUGUGAACAGCUACAACACAGGGCAGGAGGCCUGUCUGCAGGGGAACCUCAUUGCAAUCUGCUUGGAGCAGCUCAAUGACCCUCACCCUCUUCUGCGCCAGUGGAUAGCCAUCUGUCUUGGACGCAUCUGGCAGAACUUUGACUCUGCACGCUGGUGCGGCGUGCGGGACAGCGCCCACGAGAAGCUCUACAGCCUGCUAUCGGACCCCAUUCCAGAGGUCCGCUGUGCCGCUGUAUUUGCUCUGGGCUCCUUUGUGGGGAACUCGGUUGAGCGGACAGACCACUCGACCACGAUCGACCACAACGUGGCCAUGAUGCUGGCGCAGCUUCUCAACGACGGCAGCCCUGUGGUGCGCAAGGAGCUGGUGGUGGCGCUCAGUCACCUCGUGGUUCAGUAUGAGAGCAACUUCUGCACCGUUGCUCUGCAGUUCAUGGAGGAGGAGAGGAACUAUGCUGUGCCCUCUCCCGCCAGCACCACAGAGGCUGGAAACCUGACCCCGGUGAGGGACAGUCCUGCCAUCCCACGCCUUCGCUCUGUCAGCUCGUACGGGAACAUCCGGGCCGCCACGACGGUGCGCAACCUCAACAAGAGCCUGCAGAACCUGAACCUCAGCGAGGAGGUAGGGGGCCCCGUCACCUUCUCUCCUGGGAACCUCAGCACCAGCAGCAGUGCGAGCAGCACACUGGGCAGCCCUGACAACGAUGAGUACAUCUUGUCCUUCGAGACCAUCGACAAGAUGAGGAGGGUCAGCUCCUACUCCUCGCUCAACUCGCUCAUCGGGGUGUCCUUUAACAGUGUUUACACUCAGAUCUGGAGGGUGCUGCUCCACCUGGCUGCUGACCCGUACCCCGAAGUGUAUGACCUGGCCAUGAAGGUGCUCAACAGCAUCGCAUACAAGGCCACCAUGAAUGCUCGGCCCCAGAGGAUACUGGACUCCGGCUCCCUCACCCAGUCCGCCCCAGCCAGCCCCACCAGUAAGGGCACCCACAUCCACCAGGUCGGAGGCUCGCCCCCGAUGCCAAGCACCAGCAGCUCCAGCCUGACCAAUGAGGUCCCAAAGCCAGCAGGGAGAGAGCUGCCCACGGCCCGGCCCCCCUACACUCCCACCCUGGGCGGUCAGGCGCCACACUCUCACCAGUUCACCAGGACACGCAAAAUGUUCGACAAGGGUCCAGACCAGGGUGCCGAUGAUGGGGACGAGGGGGUGGGACACCGGAACUUCAUCACCGCGGCGAUGCAGACAGGCCUCUGUGAUUGGAGUGCCAAGUACUUCGCACAGCCAGUCAUGAAGAUCCCGGAGGAGCACGAUGUGGAGAGCCACGUGAGAAAGGAGCGUGAGUGGAGAUUUCUGAGGAAUGCGCUGGUGAGGCGGCAGAGCCAAUACAUCACACAGAGAGGUAUAACCCGUCUGGAUGACCAGAUCUUCAUCAACAGGAACCCCGGGGUCCCCUCAGUGGUCAAGUUCCACCCCUUCAACCCGUGCAUCGCUGUGGCAGACAAGGACAGCAUCUGUUUCUGGGACUGGGAGAAGGGAGAGAAGCUGGAUUAUUUCUACAAUGGGAACCCUCGCUACACCCGGAUCACUGCCAUGGAGUAUCUCAACGGGCAUGACUGCUCCCUGCUGCUCACAGCCACAGAUGACGGGGCUCUCCGUGUCUGGAAGAACUUUGCAGAUCUGGAGAGGAACCCCGAGAUGGUCACGGCCUGGCAGGGUCUGUCCGACAUGUUGCCCACCACCAGAGGUCUGCCUCGAAGAGUUUCAAUCCAUCUUGACAGGAGUAAGCAGGGAGGCGCUGGCAUGGUGGUGGACUGGGAGCAGGAGGCGGGGCUGCUCAUGACGUCAGGAGAUGUCCGGGUCAUCCGAAUCUGGGACACAGACCGGGAGAUGAAGAUACAGGACAUCCCGACUGGUGCAGACAGCUGUGUGACCAGCCUGUCCUGCGACUCUCAGCGCUCCCUGAUCGCCGCGGGCCUGGGGGACGGAUCUGUUCGCGUCUACGACAGGAGGAUGGGCCCCAACGAAUGCCGUGUGGUGACAUACCGUGAGCACAGCGCCUGGGUGGUGAAGGUACACCUGCAGAAGCAGACUGAAGGGAACAUCGUCAGUGUCAGUGUGAAUGGAGACGUGCGCUUCUUCGAGCUUCGAAUGCCCGACUCAGUGAAUGUGCUGCAGACAGUGAAGGGGCUGACAGCACUGGACAUCCACCCACAAGCCAACCUGUUUGCCUGCGGCUCUAUGAAUCAGUUCAUCGCUGUGUACAACUCCAGCGGAGACGUCAUCAGCAACAUCAAAUACUACGACGGGUUCAUGGGACAGCGAAUCGGUGCCAUCAGCUGCCUGGCCUUCCAUCCUUACUGGCCCCACUUGGCAGUUGGCAGCAAUGACUACUACAUGUCCAUCUACUCUGCGGAGAAGAGGAUGAGAUAACGGCAGAAAGGACUCACCUCGGAAGCUCCUCAAGCAGUGGUGUCAAUUCCUAUUGUAUAUAUCCAAUUCCCAACUUGACUGUCUAGUGAUGGCUGCUGCUACUCAACACUUGAAUCAUUAUUACUAUAGUGUAUUGUUAGAUCCGCGUUGGGCUGCUGAUCAUAGACUUGGCUGUGCUGAGGUAUGUAUAUGUGUGUGUACAUAGACUUGCAGACACACAUUAGAGACCUAUUUUAGACCUCGCCCCUGUGGGAUUUGCUCUUUUUAAAUAGUCCUCCUGGUGUGUCUCCAGAGCUAGUGCAGAGCAGGGGUCCUCGGGGUCCACCGAGAGUCCUGCUUUUUAUUGCAACCUGGUCGCUGAGUAUAAUAAUGUAUUUUUGUACAAUAGUCUGACGAGGCACACAUAAUAACUGUCAAGGAUGUUUUUUAACAGUUUUCUGUCAGCCUUGUUUUAUCCGCUCAGGAAAGCACCACAGCUUUAAAACCCGAAAUGAUUCAGCUGAAACAAAGUCCUGCUCCCUGGAUUCACCCAAUACCUUUAAUUAAGCAAGUGCAAUACUCCACGCUCCCUAGAUAGCUGACGUUGAAGCUAUACUCCACGCUCCCUAGAGAGCUGACGUUGAAGCUAUACUCCACGCUCCCUAGAGAGCUGACGUUGAAGCUAUACUCCACGCUCCCUAGAGAGCUGACGUUGAAGCUAUACUCCACGCUCCCUAGAGAGGUGAAGUUGAAGCUAUACUCCACGCUCCCUAGAGAGCUGACGUUGAAGCUAUACUCCACGCUCCCUAGAGAGCUGACGUUGAAGCUAUACUCCACGCUCCCUAGAGAGGUGAAGUUGAAGCUAUACUCCACGCUCCCUAGAGAGGUGAAGUUGAAGCUGUACACCGCGCUCUCUAGAGAGGUGAAGUUGAAGCUAUACACCGCGCUCUGUAGAGAGGUGAAGUUGAAGCUAUACACCGCGCUCUCUAGAGAGGUGAAGUUGAAGCUAUACACCGCGCUCUGUAGAGAGGUGAAGUUGAAGCUAUACACCGCGCUCUGUAGAGAGGUGAAGUUGAAGCUAUACACCGCGCUCUCUAGAGAGGUGAAGUUGAAGCUAUACACCGCGCUCUCUAGAGAGGUGAAGUUGAAGCUAUACACCGCGCUCUGUAGAGAGGUGAAGUUGAAGCUAUACACCGCGCUCUGUAGAGAGGUGAAGUUGAAGCUAUACACCGCGCUCUCUAGAGAGGUGAAGUUGAAGCUAUACACCGCGCUCUCUAGAGAGGUGAAGUUGAAGCUAUACACCGCGCUCUCUAGAGAGGUGAAGUUGAAGCUAUACACCGCGCUCUCUAGAGAGGUGAAGUUGAAGCUAUACACCGUGCUCCCUAGAGAGGUGACGUUGAAGUUAUACACCGCGCUCCCUAGAGAGGUGAAGUUGAAGCUAUACACCGUGCUCCCUAGAGAGGUGACGUUGAAGUUAUACACCGCGCUCCCUAGAGAGGUGAAGUUGAAGCUAUACACCGUGCUCCCUAGAGAGGUGAAGUUGAAGCUAUACACCGCGUUCCCUAGAGAGGUGACGUUGAAGUGCUGGUCUGAGCUGGAUGUGCGUUUGGUUCCUUGCAGGAUGUACCGGCACAUUGUCCCCAAGGAAUUUCAUUUUUAUUAAAAAAAAAAAAAAAAAAAAAAAAAAAAAAAAUUGUAGCCUGGUUUGCAUAGAAAACAAUCUCGGACUUGCUGUGGCUGUGGAAAUUGGCCCUUGGUGUGCACUGGGAAGCCUUGUAAAUGUGGCUUAAAUGGAUUGCAACAUAUUUCAAUAUAGCUCUAGUAACUUAGUGUACAGUAAGUGCUGGUGGGACAGUACAUCCCCCAGUGAAAUAGUGGUGCUGACACACACCCUCUCUGCCCUAUGUGUGUUUGUACACCUGCAGGAUCAUUGCCUUUAACACACAAGGUCCACAUGGUGUUUGGAGCGGAGUUCAACUUCUGUGAAGUCUCUCUUGAUGUGAACCAGACAGCUGAGUUGUGUACGUCAGUGUCCAGUUUCGACCCGUCAGAGCACAGCCCCCCCCAGCUAUGAGACCCUCAUGUGGCAGAGGGGUAUGGCGGUGGGGGGGUGGGGGCUCCCAGGAGAUAUUAAUGCACAUGUAUCACUACGCAUGCAAACAAAAGAAAAAAGAAAAAACAAAUAGCUAACAGUUUCUGUGGCGCUGCAUACUAAUUUACCCACUGCGCUGGCAGCUCGUCCUUUAUUCCAAGCAUGAUAGCACACUUAGUGCUUUGCCAGCCUCAACAAUAUUCAGUUGUCAUUUUUACAUUUUCACUGAUGAAAUGCAACCCUCAUUUCAUAAUCUUGAGGUUUUAAAUAUUUUGACUGACACUUCAUACCAACUGAUCUAAAACACAGUUGCGCUGCAACUUUUUCCUUGUGCCAUCUCAAGAGCUCCAGUCUCAGCCUCAGACUUCUCACAGAGGGCGUUCUGGCCGGACCCCCCUGUUUAAUAUCCAUGCAUGAUGGCAGCGUUAUUUCUCUGGGCUGACCCAUGCUGGUCCUGGAGAGCCACAGUCCUGCAGGUUUUUCUGUUUUCUUUAUCAAUGGCUAAAGACCUGGAAACACAUGUUAGAGUUGAGUAAUUAAGAAAAUAGCUGUUUAAAUGAAGAAAUUGAGAAAUUUUCCUUGGGCAAAGCUAUCAGUGAAGGCUGGAACCCCGAGAGCCUUGUAAUCUGCCAGACCCUUGCAUGCAUAAGUCGCACCUUUAGGGGGUGCAAGGGGACCGUGGACAGAGGAGAUAAAAACUCACCCCUGGCAAUAGUCUCUUUAAAACGCUCUUGUAAUAUUGUGCUAAAAGUGUAUCAUUUUAGAAUAUCAAUCAGGGGUUCUCCACAACAGUACAAAGAAAUGUUUUCUCUGCUUUACUGAACAUUGUCUGUAUGAAGAGAGAGAAAUCUAUUACAGAAUAAACCAAAUCCCCAAGA